GUACGCAGCGUAUGUAUUAGGUACUUUGUGGAAAAGAGAAGGGUAUAAUGGUAAUAUUCGCAGUAAACCUCCUUUUAUUGUAAUUAAGGUCCCUUAAACCCUACGCGCUCAAAAAUAUCUUUCCAUCUCCGACGUUAAACCCUCCGAUCUCAAAAAGCUCCACAACCACCAAAUGGCCUCCGUCGCGCUACUACGGUCGCUUCGCCGCCGUGAAAUUCACGCGGCUUCCGUCUCUGCUUAUAAAUCCAUUUCUGCUAAUGGAAAGACGUCUUUGAUUGGAAAAUUGGGUUACUUGGCUAGGCCUUUCUGCUCGAGGCCUGUGGGGAAUGAUGUCAUCGGUAUUGAUUUGGGUACCACCAAUUCUUGUGUGUCUGUGAUGGAAGGAAAGACCCCUAGGGUUAUUGAGAAUGCGGAAGGAACUCGAACUACACCGUCAGUGGUUGCUAUUAACCAAAAGGGAGAGCUCCUUGUUGGAACACCGGCUAAACGUCAGGCCGUGACAAAUCCGACAAACACGUUUUUCGGUACCAAACGUUUGAUUGGGAGACGUUAUGAGGAUCCUCAGACACAGAAGGAGAUGAAAAUGGUUCCUUACAAGAUUGUCAAGGCACCAAAUGGUGAUGCUUGGGUCGAAGCCAAUGGAAAGAAGUUUUCUCCAAGCCAGAUUGGAGCUAAUGUCCUCACCAAAAUGAAGGAGACUGCUGAAGCUUACCUCGGGAAAACCAUCACCAAAGCUGUUGUUACUGUUCCAGCUUAUUUCAAUGAUGCCCAGAGACAAGCCACAAAGGAUGCUGGGAAAAUCGCCGGUCUUGAUGUCCAGAGGAUCAUCAACGAGCCAACAGCUGCUGCUUUAUCAUAUGGUAUGAACAAUAAGGAGGGUGUUAUAGCUGUGUUCGAUCUUGGAGGUGGAACGUUUGAUGUUUCUAUCUUGGAAAUCUCAAGCGGUGUUUUUGAGGUUAAAGCUACAAAUGGAGAUACCUUUUUGGGAGGAGAAGAUUUUGACAACACUUUGUUGGAGUAUUUGGUUAAUGAGUUCAAAAGAACAGAUAAUAUUGAUCUGACUAAGGACAAGCUUGCCCUUCAGAGGCUGAGAGAAGCUGCAGAGAAGGCCAAGAUCGAGCUUUCGUCGACAUCUCAGACCGAAAUCAACCUGCCUUUCAUUACCGCAGAUGCUUCUGGAGCGAAGCACUUGAACAUAACCUUAACCAGGUCAAAGUUUGAAGCUUUGGUCAGCAAGUUGAUCGAGAGAACAAGAUGCCCUUGCCAAAACUGCCUCAAGGAUGCCGGAAUCACGGUUAAAGAAGUUGAUGAGGUUCUUCUUGUUGGUGGAAUGACUCGUGUUCCCAAAGUGCAAGAGAUAGUUGCUGAGAUUUUUGGAAAGAGCCCUUGCAAAGGUGUGAACCCUGAUGAAGCGGUUGCCAUGGGAGCUGCUAUUCAAGGUGGUAUACUCCGUGGUGAUGUCAAGGAGUUGCUUCUUUUGGAUGUGACUCCUCUUUCACUCGGUAUCGAAACACUUGGUGGAAUCUUCACUAGGUUGAUCAACCGAAACACCACCAUCCCCACAAAGAAGUCUCAGGUUUUCUCCACAGCCGCAGACAACCAGAUGCAAGUGGGAAUCAAAGUUCUUCAGGGAGAACGUGAAAUGGCUGCUGACAACAAAAUGCUUGGAGAAUUUGAGCUCAGUGGGAUCCCACCUGCACCAAGAGGAAUGCCACAGAUCGAAGUUACAUUCGACAUUGAUGCAAAUGGUAUCGUAACUGUCUCAGCCAAAGACAAAGUAACAGCUAAAGAGCAGCAGAUCACAAUCAGAUCUUCAGGUGGUCUAUCAGACGAUGAGAUUAACAGAAUGGUAAAAGAAGCUGAGAUCAACUCACACAAGGAUCAAGAGAAGAAGCAACUUAUUGACGUUAGGAACAGUGCUGAUACUACAAUCUACAGUGUUGAGAAGAGCCUGAGUGAAUACAGAGAGAAGAUUCCUGCAGAGAUUGCCUCUGAGAUCGAAACUGCAGUGUCUGAUCUCAGGACAGCAAUGGCUGGUGAAGACAUUGAGGACAUCAAGGCUAAGCUUGAAGCUGCAAACAAGGCAGUGUCAAAGAUCGGAGAACACAUGUCUAAGGGAUCCGGAUCCUCUGGUUCCUCUGGGAGCUCUGGCGAUGGUACAAGUGGGACUGAGCAGACGCCUGAAGCUGAAUUUGAAGAGGCGAGCGGUUCAAAGAAGUGAGGUCGAUAACCGGUUCGUACCGACUCUGGUUGUUUUUUCCAAAUAAUUUCAACAAAAAAUACGUGGUCAUGUUGUAAACGUUGUUGUAAAAAGUUCUUUACGAUGAGAAGCCUCGCAAAGGCGAAGGAGCUAGAUUCCUCAUUCAUCUUA